GAAAAAAUUCAAAAAAUGCCACUCGAGAUCAACACACCCAACAAGUUGGAAUAUCAAUUCCAUCAUGUCUUUGGUUCUUUAUUUACCUUUAAGGUGCGGUGCGCUAAUGAUGCUCAUUUGUCUUUAGCAACUAAUCCCGUAGAGGAGAACCCCAUGUACGAGGUUUUCAUUGGAGGGUGGUCUAAUAGCAAAUCUGUGAUACGUAAGAAUCGCCAAAAGCCUGAUGUUGCUGCCGCAAUUACUCCAUGCAUUGUCGAUGCCAAUGAAUUUCGUGGUUUCUGGAUACAGUGGUCAAAUAAUAUAAUAUCAGUGGGUCGUGAAGGUGAAGCAGUUGCCUUUUUGUCUUAUGAAGCACAAGAUUUGUUUCCGGUUAACUUUAUAGGUAUAUGUACCGCUUGGGGUGCUUCCGGUACUUGGCUAAUCGAUGAAAUGCCGGCUCCCGUACCUUCUAGGAUUACCAGGGCACCAUUGGCUGUUCCUCGCGUUCCCGUUAUUAAAGAAGUUAACACACCCGAUAAAUUGGAAUAUCAAUUCCAUCCCGUUUCGGGCAAUGUAUUCACUUUUAAGGUGCGUUCUCCUAAUGAUGCUCAUUUAGCAUUGACAUCAAAUCCUGUCGAAGAAGAUCCCAUGUAUGAGGUAUUCAUUGGAGGAUGGUCUAAUAGCAAAUCCGUAAUACGUAAAAAUCGUCAAAAACCCGAUGUGGCUGAGGCCGAUACUCCGGGCAUUUUAGAUGGUGGAGAAUUUCGCGGUUUCUGGAUACGCUGGUAUGACAAUGUAAUAACUGUAGGCCGUGAAGGUGAAGCAGCUGCCUUUUUAUCUUAUGACGCGCCCGAUUUGUUCCCGAUUCAUUUUGUGGGUGUAUGCACCGGUUGGGGCGCUAAUGGAAAUUGGUUGCUUGAGGAAUCAACCGCACCAUCGGCACCGUCGGAACCGGCCAUGGGCUUUGCACCACCGACCAGUGGUGGAGGUCCCGGCUGUUGGGUACCUGCUGCUAAUGGUGAAAUUCCGCCUAGCUCUAUGGAGGGUGGCUUCGACGGCAGUGAGCAACUGUACAUUGCUCGCGCGAAACACGAAGGCGAUUUAAUUCCCGGCAAAUUACAUCCAUCACAUGGUGUUUGUUAUGUAGCCUUUGGUGGCGGCGAACAUGGCCACAACGAAUACGAAGUCUUAUGUGCUGGUGGCGGUCAAUGGAUACCGGUUCAAGAUGGUAACAUUCCCCCAAAUGCGGUUCCAGGCGGUGAGACAGCUGAAGGUGAACCUUUGUUCAUAGGCCGCGCCACUCAUGACGGUACCGUUACCGUUGGAAAAAUUCAACCGUCUCACGGAUGCUGCUACAUUCCCUACGGUGGCGAAGAGGUGGCUUAUAAAGAUUUCGAAGUUUACGUAGCAAUGUAAAAAUGUUUUGAAUUAAGCUUUUCUCGUUUUUGUACUCACGCAUACGUAUAAAUGUUUAUGCAAAG